AUGGGCUCAUAAAGAAUGCCAACAUGGAGCCUUGGCAAUGACGGGAUCUCUCUCUGCAACAAUAACACGACGGACAAAAACUUCGAGGACGGUAUAUUUCGAAAGCUCUUAAUAUAUUUCAUGAUAAUAGACGGUGUAGUGAGAAGCGUGGUUCUCUGCUCAACUUUCCUGUGUAUCUGGACUGUAUCAAUGGUGUCGUUACGCAGCAGAGCGCUGGUCUCUGAUAAUGACCUCUUUAGGGACAGUGUUCGUCUGAGCUCCCUGGAGCUUGAGGAGGGAGAGGGCAGUGAGGGGAGGAGCGAGGGGGAUAGCUUUGCCUCCGGUUACAGCCCAGAUGCUGGGGACACUGGUGCUCGGCUCAGCUUCAGCCCUGGAGAGGAGGAAGAGGAUGAUUUUACCCCCAUAGAGCGGGAUAGGGAGAAGCGAGAAGAAGGCAUGCUGCAGGACCCCAGGCUGCCUGACUUCAGCCCCCGCCUGCCCUCGCCCUUCUCUCCCACCCUUGAGGACAUCGAGGAGUUCCUCAGGGAGAAGAUGGAGCUAGUGAGAGAGGGGGUUCUCUUCUCUAGUGAACCCAUGGAGGAGCCUGCUCCCUCCCCUUCCAGCUCCAUUGAACAUACUCUCUCCUCCCCAGGAGGACAAAGUGACCCAGGGACCAGCGCUGCCCUGUCACCCCCCAACCCACAAACCCCCAACAUCCCUCACACCCACAGCCCAGCAGCCCCGUGCCCCUCCCCAUCCUCCUCCAACCCCUCAGUGCUCCUGGGAGCACCCUUGGUACUCCAGGUCCAGUCGCUGCCGCUGGCCCAGCCUCUCCCCCAGACAGGCUCUACUCCUGGGCCGUCCAGUGGGCUGAGACUGGCCCACCUGGUCUUGGGGCUCCACGGAGGGCAGAACUUUACCCUGCUUGCCUCACAGGUGCCCUCUGCCCCAGCCACCCUUCUCAAUGUAGCCAGCAUGGACGCCGGAGUUCCAGACCAGAAGUACGUGAAGAUUGCCCCUCUACCGAUCACCGUGAGGAUUGCCGGGGCAACAGUGGUUGGGGGUCACAGUGGAGGGGCCGUGGUGAAAGCUGUGACCCCACAUAAGGUGAACAGACCCCCUCCUACAGAGACGCUGAGGGUGCACAAGUGUUCUCAUCCAGGCUGUGAGAAGAUGUACACCAAGAGCAGCCAUCUGAAGGCCCACUUCCGCAGACACACCGGAGAGAAGCCCUACACCUGCAGCUGGCCUGACUGUGGCUGGAGGUUCUCUCGUUCUGAUGAGCUGUCUCGUCACCGGCGCUCCCACUCCGGGGUCAAGCCUUACGAGUGCUCUCUGUGUGAGAAGAAGUUUGCCCGCAGCGACCACCUCUCCAAACACACCAAGGUGCACCGCAGCCCCCGGCCUGGAAAAAACAUCAGAACUACCGUCUGACCCAGCCAGCCCAGUCUGGAUCCUGAUCCCACCUUCAUUCAUCCUUAACCCUGUUACAGCACUUGACCAGGACGUGAGAAUUAUAAGAACCUACAUUCAGAAUUCAGAGUAGCCUGGUCCCCUACCUUUACCCUGGCUGUGCUUGCCCAGCCCAACCCAGCUCAGUACAAUCUCAACCUCACCACGGGCUGACAGACUCAUGAGACUCAUCCACCCAGCCCUACCCCGGGGAGGCCUUGCCAGAGAGUCUGGGUCCUCAUCAGGACUCUGGUGCUAUAGAAGCAGUCCUGGGCCAGAACGUAGGGCAGGGUUUCCCAAACUUGGUCCUGGGGGCCCCCCCCUGGGUACGUGUUUUGGUUUUUGCCCUAGCACUACACAGCUGAUUAAAAUAAUCAAAGCUUGAUGAUGAGUUGGUUAGUUUAAUCAGCUGUGUAGUAAUAGGGCAAUAACCAAAAUGUGCACCCAGAGGGGCCCCCAGGACCCUGGAAUAGGGCACUGAAUCUGAUUCAGACCCUAACCGGCCUCUGCCGCCUCCCCUCCCUCCUGCAACCGGAGCAGAUGAGGGCUUGUCCUGGUGCUACACAGUGAGCUAACAGGUAACGGCCAUUUCAGGGAUGUGAUUGUUCAGCUUAAAGAAGUUCACUUUAUUUGAACCAAAUCUGUAUUUUGAAUGUAAAAUGGCAUGUUGUAAAAGUGCCCAGACACAUGAUACUGUGUCAUUCUAAACUUUAUCCGCAACGUUAUAUUAAAUUUUGUGCGACUGAAGCGGUUUCCCCUCUGCAGAUGUGCUGCUUCUCCGUGUGGAGAAGUCUUGUGGGCUACACAGAGAAUUAUCGCUCGAGUAGCACAAAAUGGAAUAUAACGUUAUGGAUAGUUCUCAAUGACACAUCUAAAGACCUGCAUCACUAUACUGAGUUUCUAAAAUGAUGUAUUUUGGUGUUUUUGCAGCCUUUGAUCAUGUUUAACUGCAGAACGAGCAUGAGGAUUGAUUGUAAAAAAAGUGUCUGGGUACUUCUAUAACAUGCUAUUUACACUACAGUUCAGAAGUUUGGGGUCACUUAAAUUUCCUUGUUUUAGAAGACAAGCACAUUUUUGUCCAUUUUAAAAUCACAUCAAAUUGAUCAGAAAUACAGUGUAGACAUUGUUAAUGUCGUAAAUGACUAUUGUAGCU